GGGCCCUCCACACGUUCGCCUUUGCGCAGACGCGUUGAGUCGGCAGUGUAAGGUUUACAAUUCGUAUGCGUGGAACUCGUGUGACAAUUCGUUAUUUUGAAGGUAAUUCCUAUCUAAGAAAACGGCACGAAAAAUGUCAGGAAAGUCAAAAGCAUUUACGAAGGAAGAGGAGCUUCUUCUCCAGGACUUUUCGCGAAACGUAUCAACUAAAUCCUCGGCGUUGUUCUACGGCAAUGCAUUCAUCGUCUCUGCGAUUCCCAUCUGGCUUUUCUGGAGGAUUCACCUGAUCGAUAUAUACGCAAACUUGAUUUCCUUCGUUUUAGUCACGUUAACCAGUACGUACGCUCUCGCGCUCGCGUAUAAAAAUACGAAAUUUGUCCUGAAACACAAGAUCGCAGUAAAGAGAGAGGAUGCUGUAACAAAGGAAAUGAGCAGAAAGCUAGCGGAAGAUAAAAAGAUGAGCAAAAAAGAAAAGGAUGAAAGGAUUCUGUGGAAGAAAAAUGAGGUGGCUGAUUACGAAGCAACAACCUUUUCUAUCUUCUACAAUAAUGCCUUGUUCUUAGCGCUUGUAAUUGUGUCUUCGUUUUACAUUCUAAAGACGUUCACUCCAGCCGUUAAUUAUAUAUUCUCUGUCGGUGCGACGAGCGCGCUUCUGGCACUGUUAUCGACUGGUUCUCAAUAAUGUAUGCAAUUCGGGGAUGUGUGACAUUAAGUGCUUAUUAUGCCAGAUGAUUUUGCGAGAUUCUGUAAUUGACCUUUUGAUACGAGUGAAUGCGUACAUAUAAUAAAAUCAUCUUUAU